AUGUCCUCCUCCACCACCACCACCACCCGCACGACAUUCCUCACCACCCUCCUCGCCCUCAUCUUCAUCAGCCAAAUCGUGCUGCAACUCGUCGCCGCCGACCCCGUUCCCGUCCCCGCUCCCGAAGCCGCACCCGCACCCGCGCCUGAGCCCGAACCGAAAAAGGGCGGCAGUGCUGGCGCCGCCGCCGCGGGCAAUCGCAGUGCCGGCACCUCGAUCAUGUUGUCUCCGGAAGAUGGCGCCGUGAUGAUGAUGACGGCCGUUGGGACGAGCGUCUUUACGUUCCUUGUGUCUCAGCUUCUCUGA